AUGCAUUAUGUUCACGCGGCACUGACAGAGACGUUGAGGCUAUACCCUGCAGUUCCCAUUGUAUUAAACUACAUGACCUAUGCCAUGGGCAGAAUGCCUUAUAUCUGGGGAAAAGAUGCUGACGAUUUCCGACCUGAAAGAUGGCUCAACAAUGGAAUUUUCCAGCCCGAAUCACCCUUUAAAUUCGUCGCAUUUCACGCAGGUCCUCGAAUUUGUCUAGGGAAGGACUUUGCUUACCGGCAAAUGAAGAUAGUAGCGAUUGCUCUUCUUUGCUUCUUCCGCUUUAAAUUGGCUGAUGAAACGAGAAGUGUAACAUAUAGGACCAUGUUCACCCUGCACAUAGAUGGCAGUCUCCCUAUGCUUGCAGUUCUAAGGACAGCCUGA